UGGACUUCGUGCGGUUCAGGUGCUUAACAGCGUUCAAGAGAGAAAAUGAAGUUGAUGGAACCAUUCGGUGCUGCAAUAGCGGAUCUUCCACUACGCCCUCUGCUGUUUACAGCAGUAAUUGCAGCCUCGGCAGGUAUUUUCUGCUAUUUGUUUAAACGGGGCGAUGGAAAGAAACCAACAGCGGACCCACAGGACAAAACUCCACCCGAAGCAGUGUGUGACCAGGCCACAGAAUUGUCUCUGCCCCAACCCGAAGAGGUUCCUCAGUACCAGAGUUGUGAGCAACAGCAGCAGACUGAACAUGAUGAUUUAACGAAGAUAACGAAGCGUUUCGUGAAGAAAGUUGUGAAGAAAUAUCAGAAGGCUAUAAAGAACAUUGCUGAAAUGGAGGCCCAGAAAUCCAAACUGGAAGAGCAAGUUGAAAUACUGCAAGACAGUGUACAGCAAAUGUGUAAAUGUAUCUCUGUGUCUCAAAAGGAGUUUGAUGAGUAUAAGCAAAAUUUUAAUAAGGAAAGGCAGAGGGCUGUGGAGACCAUCACCCAACUGGAGGAGGCGAAAGAUCUUGUGCAGACCUUGCGAGUAACAGUGCAGGACAUAGGGAACCUGCUCUGUGACACUCAGCAAGAAUGUGACAAGCUGACAGAAGAAUGUGUUCGAAACCAGGAGACUCACACCAUCCUUCAGUUAGAGAACAACAAGUUAAAGGAGCAGUUACUUCAGUGCGAACAGCUUAUAUCCGAGCGUGAGCAAGAUAUGGAUACUUACAAACUCUUUAGGAUCAAGUACAAGGAGAUGGAGAAGACUCUGGCUCAUAAAGAGGCGUUACUGAAGGAACGUGAGCAAGAGGUGGAGACUCACAACCUGCUUAAGAUCAAGUACAAACAGAUGGAGGAGACUCUGGGUCAUAAAGAGGAGUUACUGCAGGUCUCCUUGAUGAAAGUAAAAGAAAACCAUCAGAUGGCUGAGGAGACCAUUAGCCUUCUGCUGAUGGAGAGUAGUGACCAGGCUGCAGACGGAUGACGAGGAAGAGGAAUUCCCCCCGGAUCCACACAACGCCUAGUCAGUAAGGAAUGACUUCUUGACCCUGUGGCAGGAAAACCCUGACCCCUACGAGCCGAUGGUGAUGGCGGCAGAGCCAGCCGCCCGACCGGACCUAAGGCAUCGGAGUGCGGCGAGAACGCUCCGCUCCUUCUCACGCUCCAGCCACUCCUCACCUCCUUUCCCGGGCACCAGAACACUAUUCCCCUUCCCUUUACCCUCACUUCUGGUUCCCAAUAAAGACACUUUUAUCCCCAAUUUAACUUUCCUGUGUCUGUGUUCAGCCCGACACGGAGGUGAGUCGCCA